UGGUUCCACAUCUCCCAGGGAGUUUGGUGUGGCCCGGGCCGGUACAAACUUGAGCCGCAAACCCGAGACUGGCGAGCGGAUAGGACACCUAUUAUUUUCCUGCUGUGUACCCUGCGUGCACCUGCCAGGUGCUGCUGGUCGCUGAGUGUGCGCCUGCUGUCUACUCUGCCGCACGUGUUGCGCUGUGUGGCCACGGGGACGCGGCGCCUCCGUGUACCCGCCCUGCUAGUACCAGCUCGGGCGUGAGGCGUCUGCAGGAGGUGAACUGGAGGCGGGCGGAGCUACAGGGCGCGGACUGCAGCUGCGGCUCCCAGCGGGCGGGUCAGCAGCGCCCAGCCAACCCUUUAAGCUAGGGCUCUGCGCAGCAGCUCCUCUCUCUUCCGAAGUUCUCCAAGUUCUCUGAGCGCGGAGCCAUGAGGAACACCAGCAAGGAGGUGCAGGGCGCCUCUCACCGCUACGCUCCCUGCGAUUGGUAUUACCAUGUACCUGUCAAGUGCUCUGAGAAGGCUGUGGGUGCCCCACCAGCAUCCCAGAUCCCAGGGCUCAGUGAUUUGGGAGACUCCCCAAAUGGGAACAUGCCUCGUGCUCGGAGGUACUGGAUAAAGGAAACAGACUCAGAGUAUGUGAAGCUGGCUAAGCAAGGUGGCAGACCCGAUUUACUGAAGCACUUUGCAGCCGGGUCCAAGAAAGGCUCCCCAGUGGCCUAUUCCCUGCCAGACUGGUAUAUCCACCACAGCAAGCCUCUGACGGUCCAUCAACGAGAAGUCCCUGUGGUCUCCAUGCCAGAUUACAUGGUUUACAAAGAAUUCAGCCCUGAGCAGGCCAAUGGUAGCUACGAGUCCAGAAGAGGCCCCUUCGACUUUGACAUGAAGACGGUUUGGCAAAGAGAGCCUGAGGAACUUGAAAACGAAAAAAGAAAGGUGAAACUGCCAGCUAUUAACUCCAAGAAUCCCAGCAAAGUGGGGACCCCGGUUGGUCCCAAAGAUCCUGCAGGCAGCAGACUGUCGUUGCCUCCAAUCAAUGGCUACAAGGAUGAGUGGUUACAGCAGCAGAGAGCAGAUUCUGACAAGAGAACUCCAAAGACAUCCAAGACAUCCAUGUCCUCUCAGUCCACACCAGACUCUGAAGGUCCCCAGGACACAGACAUGCCCCAAGAUCCAGAGGCUCCUGAAGACGCUGAGAAAACGCCAGAUGCAGAAGCAUCUCCAUAUGAAUCCACACCAGCAGAGCUCAACUGAACCUGGAUGCAGUAUCUAAGAUAACUUCUUUAGGUGCUGUCUGUAGAGUGACUGUGGAGAGCUGAAUUGAAGGCUCCUGCUCCAUUUUAUUAAUGCACAGUCUUACGGAACAAUUUGCCUUGCAGUGUAGUUGCAAUCACUGUAGCAAAGAUAGCAUAAGUGUGGGCUUUUGUUUCUUGUCUUUCUCUGAUAUGGUCUCUGGGAUGCUUUGCCUUGGUGACCUGAUGAUGCCUGGAACCUUCCUGCUGCCAACAUCUGACAUCCUGUCUGUAUCGUAGUGUGGGAGCUUUGCCAUUAGACUCUGAAAGUCAAGAAACUCACAGAACAAACUGCAGCUUUCUUCCUUCUUUGGUCCUGUAAUCUUUAUAGAAACAGUUUUCCUGUUGCAAAUAAUAAUAAUAAUAAUAAUAAUAUAAUAAAUAAUAAUAAUUCCAGAACAUGGCAAUAUAAUUGAUGAUAGCAAUAUUUUAUUAUGCCUUGAAGUCUUAAGCAUUUAACAUAAAACAUAACAUUGAUUAGUUUACCAUUUUUUAAU